CGGCUGCAGUUCCAGUUGGAUAUGGGAUCUUCCCUGCUGUCCUCCAGCCUGUGUAUAGCUCUGUGUUCCUCCCUGCUGAGCGCUGUCUAUGCCAUGGUGGAUGCAGAUGAUGUCAUCACCAAGGAAGAACAAAUUUUCCUGUUACUGAAAGCCAAAGCAAGGUGCGAAAGACAUAUAAGCUCCAAAGUGCCCAAACAACACGAUGGAUUCUGUCUCUCCGAGUGGGACGGCGUCGUCUGUUGGCCGGAGGGAAGGCCGGGAAACGUGGUGUCCGUCCCGUGCCCCGAGUACAUCUAUGACUUCAACCACAAAGGCCAUGCCUAUCGCCGGUGUGACAUGAACGGAAGCUGGGAGCUGGUGCCCGGUAACAACCGCACCUGGGCGAAUUAUUCCGAGUGCGCCAAGUACCUCUCCAACGACACCAGGGAACGGGAAGUCUUUGACCGUCUUUAUUUGAUCUAUACGGUGGGAUAUUCCAUCUCGCUGGGCUCGCUAACCGUGGCCGUCCUGAUUCUGGGAUACUUCAGGAGGCUGCACUGCACCAGAAACUACAUCCACAUGCAUCUGUUCGUGUCCUUCAUGCUGAGAGCCGUCAGCAUCUUCGUGAAGGACGCCGUCCUGUAUUCCGGAUCGGCUCUCGAAGAGAUGGAGCGGAUAUCCGAAGAAGACUUUAAGUCAAUCACUGAGGUCCCUCCGGCAGACAAGGCGCAGUUUGUGGGAUGUAAAGUUGCUGUCACUUUCUUCCUCUACUUCCUGGCCACCAAUUACUACUGGAUUCUGGUGGAAGGCCUCUAUCUGCACAGCCUCAUAUUCAUGGCUUUUUUCUCCGACAAAAAGUAUCUCUGGGGAUUCACACUCUUUGGCUGGGGGCUGCCUGCUGUAUUCGUGACCAUAUGGGCCAGGGAAAGGGCAACAGUUGCGGAUACAGAGUGCUGGGAUCUAAGUGCCGGUUAUUUAAAGUGGAUCGUGCAGUUUCCUAUCCUGGCUGCUAUUUUGGUUAAUUUUGGUCUUUUUUUAAAUAUUGUAAGAGUUCUAGCGACCAAAUUAAGAGAAACGAAUGCGGGGAGAUGUGACGCCCGACAACAGUACAGGAAGCUGCUGAAAUCGACCCUCGUACUGAUGCCACUUUUCGGCGUUCACUAUAUCGUAUUCAUGGCUCUGCCGUAUACCGAUGUGUCGGGGGUUCUCUGGCAGAUUCAGAUGCAUUACGAGAUGCUCUUUAACUCCUUCCAGGGUUUUUUCGUGGCUAUUAUCUACUGCUUCUGCAACGGAGAGGUACAAGCGGAGAUCAAGAAAUCCUGGAGCCGGUGGACGCUGGCCCUUGACUUUAAACGCAAAGCCAGGAGCGGCAGCACCACGUAUAGCUACGGACCAAUGGUCUCGCACACGAGUAUCACCAACGUAACCACGAGGGGGCCCCUCGCCUUGCACCUGAACACUAGACUCGUAUCGGCGGCCCUCAACGGCCACCGGAACUUGCCGGGCUACGUCAAAAACGGCUCCAUUUCGGAAAACUCCAUACCUUCCUCGGGACCAGAACAAUAUAACAAAGAUGAUGAAUACCUGAACGGGUCGGGGUUAUACGACGCAGAAAGACCCAACUCCGUGGUUGAGGAGGAGAGGGAAACCGUAAUGUAAAUAUUUUCAUGUUCCAAAGGACACGCGGAUCCUAUAAACAUGGCGGGAAAAGACGCGGCGUUAAAAAAAAAGAACGCGGCCGAAUAGGAGACUAACAAGAUCUCCGUCGGGCUGCCCGGGUGGGAAUAAAGCAGAAGAUAAUAACAGCUACUUUAAGGCCGUUUAUUGGAAGUAUCAGAGCACAAAAACACAAUUACCAAGAAAUUCUGUGCAUUCAAAGUAUAUAUAUAUUAUUUUUUUUAUAUAAUGUACCAUUGCAUUCAUUUCAACGACUGUUAAUAUAUAUAUUUUUUAAUUUAUUUUAUUAUUUUUUUUUGUAUUAUUUUGCAAGGCAGUUAGUUGUGAGUCCCGGAUUUUAAAACUUUUGUGUUUUUUUUUUUUUUUUGAAGUCCUGCAAGUCAGUCAUCCGUCAAAAUAGAUAAUUAUGAUUUUUUA